AAGGAAAGAAGGAAGGAAGGAAGGAAGGAAGGAAGGAAGGAAGGAAGCAAGGCGGCGAAGUCUCGGCUGGCUCACCGGCGGUGGUGGUCCAUCGAAGUGAGAGCAUCGUCGUCAUCAUCGUCAUCAUCCUCGUCAUCAGCCCCAUCUACGCGCUGUCGCAUUUCAAUCAGCGCAACGCAGAGGAAGCGGCGGCCGGACGCGCGCGCGCGCUUCAUCGGGGCUUUCUUAGAUUCCCGUGGUGGGCAGGAAAUCGCAGGGUCGCAGGGUGAUCGAUAUCGCACGAUUCGGCUCGCCGGGGGCAUAUCAGAGGGAAACAAAGGGGCAGGAGGACGAGGAGGCGGAAGAGGAGGACGAGAAGAAGGCGGAGAAGAAGGAGGAGGAGGAAGAGACGCGAGGGGGAGGGCAGGCAGAGCGCGGCAAGAAGGAGGGAAGUUUCCUCCUCGGUGCGUCGGUGCGGACGAAGGGGGCGCGAGAACGUGCGUUUGUAAUUCGGCGUGGCUGCCUUCGAGGAUGAGCGACGGCGGUCAUGCCGUGUAAUUCGAAGGUGUACCACGCUACCGUCGCAUCGUGCACGAUCGUCGCCGUGGUGGCCGUCGUCGUCGUCAUCGUCGUCGUCGUCGUCGUCGUCGUCGUCGUCGUCGUCGUCGUCGUCGUCGUCGUCGUCGUCGUCGUCGUCGUCGUCGUCGUCGUCGUCGUCGUCGCCGUCGUCCCCGUCGUGGUGAAGCUGUUGAGACGCGGCAAAGCGCCAUCGCCGGGAAGAUGAGUUCGAUCGACUUCGACGAGGUGCUGGUACACGUGGGAGAGAAGGGCCGAUACCAGAACAUCAUGUACUACUUGCUAUGUAUACCCGCCACCUUGCCGGCCGCCUUCUUGGCGUUCUCGCAGGUGUUCGUGAGUGCCUCGCCGGAACACUGGUGCAGGAUACCGGAGCUGGAGAAUCUGACGGAUUUGAUGACCUUGGAGGACAGGAAAGCCCUCUCGCUGCCAUACUCGGUCAAGUCUGACGGCAGGAGAGUCUACUCCAAGUGUGAAAUGUACGAUGUGAAUUAUACGGAGAUCAUCGAUUCGUGGCUGCAACGUGCCAGUCAGCACAACGCCACCGAUGACACCUCCACGUCGACCAUGUCUUCGUUGUUUCAUCCACCGAGUCGAUUGCCGUCACCGCCGGUCAGUAGUCCCGAUUGGCCGGUCAGCGAGUGUCGAUACGGAUGGGACUACGACACCAGGGAUUACGAUAGCACCCUUGUGACCGAGCUAGACCUGGUAUGUGACAACAGCUGGUGGCCUUCCACGUCGACCACGUUCUUUUACGUCGGCAGUCUCUUCGGGAACGUUGUGUUCGGUUGGAUCGCCGACAAAUGGGGCAGAAGGACUGCCUUCUUCGCCAUCCUGUUCCUCGAGGUGAUAUUCUCCAUCGCCACGAGUUUCAGUCCGAACUACGUGAUUUACACGGCGCUGAGGACUGUGAAUGGUCUCUUUUUUCCUGCCAUUUACCAGAUACCUUUCAUACUAGCUCUCGAGCUGAUGGGACCGCGAUAUCGGACAUUCGCCGGCAUGGUAAUCUGCAUGUUCUUCGCCUCGGCGAUGUCUCUCCUAGCGUUGCUGGGUUACUUGUUAAGGCACUGGUACACCCUAUCGUUAGCCACGUCGGUGCCGUUUAUUCUUCUCUUCAGUUACUACUGGAUCAUCCCCGAGUCACCGCGGUGGCUUCUCAGUAAAAAUAGAAUAGACGAGGCGGAGGUGAUCGUCCAGCACAUGGCGAAAGUCAACGGCAAGACAGUGCCGACGAAUUUUCUCAGGAAGAUGGAGGUGGAAAUAUUAAAGAGACAAGGGGUGUCGUGUAACGGUAAGAACACCAACGAGAGUAACAUCGAGGUGGACAGAUCGCCACCAACGUCUGCGACGCCCAUGGACCUGAUCACGAAUCCGAACAUUAGGAAGAAGUUUUUCAUUCUCGCCUUCGAUUGGGUGGCGAACGCGGUGGUGUACAACGGCCUGUCCUACAAUACAACGAAUCUGGGUGUCUCCGAUUAUCUGGCCUUCUUUAUCGGCGGCAUCGUCGAGAUCCCGUCUUACGUUCUCACGUGGUACGCGAUGGAUCGGCUGGGCAGACGAUGGGUACUGUGCCUGACCAUGCUGCUGGGAGGACUCGCAUGCGUAUCCUGCAUGUUCGUACCCGAAGAUGCGGUCUGGGUGACGGUGUGCUUGGCGAUGAUCGGAAAGUUCGGCAUCGCUGCGUCCUUCGCCGUCUUCUACGUUUUUGUGGGGGAACUGCUGCCCACCGUACUGAGAUCCCAAGCGAUGGGCAUAGCCUCGUUCAUCGCCGGCAUCGGCCUCCUUACCUUUCCCUACAUCGUUCACCUAGCGGUCUACUCGAGGGUCCUUCCGCUGAUCGUCAUGGGAUCACUGAGCGUCGCCGGCGCACUCACGUCUGUCUUCCUACCGGAGACGCUCAACAUUCACUUGCCACAGACGAUCGAAGAGGGUGAGCUCUUCGGGGCUGAUUUCAAACUGUGGUCCUGCCCGACAAUAUCGAGGAGAGGUACAGGCAGAGUCGAGACCGUGCCCCUGAGGUUUCUGGUGAACGGCAAACCGGGCAGCCGCUCGUCUACCUCGAAGGUUGCGACACAGGAAGCCGCGACUACGCCGGAAGGUGAAAAGCCAGCUGCCGUGCUGCCUUCGAAAGAAGAAGAAGGGGCGAAGAACUUAAGUACAUCCAAAGAGGAGCUGACGGACGAGAGCUUCGUCGAGACUGUCGUCGAGACUGUCGUCGAGACUGUCGUCGAGCCGAAGACGUCCAGCGCGGUGGUGGAGGUGAACGUAUGCCUCCAGAAUGAGGCGACGCAAGGAGACAACGAGAGACAGUCUUAUUAAUUAGCACCUUACCACGUGUGUGUUGUAUUAUAAUUACCAGUAUAGACACGCAUUGUAUUUAUUUUUCCAUUUAUUAUAAUGUACUUCUCCUUUGUAAUACCUGCCUUGUGUGUCAGUGUGUGUUUGUCGACUAAGACGGUUCGGUACUUGUUUCCCCUCAGAGUCGCAAGAAAGUACUG